AUGGUCUUUGCGCGCCGUUCAAUCUUCCGUGCUGCGACUGCAGCUCAGUCUUUCCGUGCCGCUCCUAUUGCCCGCCAGUCUGCCCAGAUCCUCAGUCGCCGAUUCAAGUCUACUAGUGGCAGCUAUGAACAUAGGCCUGCAUCCAGCGACUUACCUUGGUUGGCGGCCUCUGCUGCUGUGACCGUUCCAAUGGUCUUUUAUCUCUGGCCUUCCGGUUCGGACGGACACCACGACGCUCACGGGGACGAACACAAGGACGAACACGCGGAAGAAGACGGCGAAGUAGAGAAGGGUUCCGAGGAGAGACCCGCCGAACCUUCCUCUGAGGUGGUGCCAGAAAAGGAGGAGAAGACGGACGCCGAGGAGAAGGGCGAGGAAAAGGUUGAUAAGAAGGAAGAGCCCGAGGAGAAAAAGGAAGAGCCAGAGGAGAAGAAAAAGUCCGAGGAAGACAAGGACGAGAAGCCCAAUGAUGAUGAUACUACUAAGGAAAGUGAUGACGACAAGAAAGAUGACUCCAAGGAGGAAGAGCCCAAGAAGAAUGAAUCCAAGGAGGAUGCUGGAAAGAGUGAGAACAAUGAUGGCGAUUCCAAGAACUAA